AACAACAAAAAACGUGGCAGGGAGGAAGGGGAAUAUUGUAAAGGUCACAGGUGUCUGAGCUGCAAAAUUUCGCACAAACACUCUGAACGCGUUUUCCACGUCUUGAACAAACCGAUAAUUUUAAUUCCAGUGGCUGUUACUUGUUAGAAGUAAUCUUCCUGAGCACUGUCAUCAAUUCACGUGAGGAGAUUAGAUUCUUUUUUUUUUUCCCUGGAAAGUUCCCAUGAUCAGAGCAGCUACAUUCUUGGUAUUGUUUUUUGUUGGCGGUGCUCUUUUCUCUGCUGGAAAUCAUUUGCAGUUUUGCAAACUCCUUGAUGUAGCAGGAGCCUGUGUCAAAAAGAGUACGGUACAUAAAUUUUAAAACACUGAGUGAAACCAAGCACACGGGCGCAACAACAACCGAGAAGAAAUGUGGAAGAUCAACAAAAGCAAAGUACUGAUAGAUAUUUCAGAGGAGGAGAAUAACACAUUACAACAACAGACUUGUAAGAAUAAAGACCCAGCUGUUCAAGAGGAAGUCACAAGUCCUGUUUCACAGCUUGCUUCAAAGGUUCAGGGUGCAAGUUUUAGGGGUUGGAAAGAAAUGACCUCCUUGUUCAAUAAAGAUGAUGAACACCAGUUGUUGACGGCAAGUAAACCAACAAAAGUAAAAGGGCCAGGCACAAAAAAGUGUAAAGAAGACGACAAAAGUGAAAGGCGUUCUAGUUUCUGGGACAGUGUGGGCAUAAAACAAAUAUCGCCUACCAAGAAACCAAAUGAGAUUGAAGGGUGGGAACCUCCACACAUAACUGAAGAAGACACUGCUAAAGACAAUUGUAGCAAUUUAAAUGACUCUGCUUCCUGGCCUGGUUGGGAGGAUGAAACAAGAGCUUCUUCUAAAUACACAAACUUGGCUGCAUCGGGAAACCUUGGCUCUAGGUGGAGUAUAAAAUCAGCAGGGAAGCUGGUUGGCAUGAGGAAACGAAGCAAAGGAAAUCUUACUGACAACUGGGAAGAACUAGAAUAAACUACUGCCGAUAGAAUUCAGAUUUCAACACCUGCUAAUGUUGUUGGUUUUUUGUUUUAGUGUUUCUUUAACAUUCACAAUUUAUAUGGAUACAGCAAGGUUCAAUUUUAGUAGUAUAUUUUUUACAUAUGAAGUGUUGCAAGCUUUAAAACUCAAACUAUAUAAAUGCAGAAUUCACUGAAUGCCUUAUCCUGUUAAGUACUGCAUUUCAAUUUGACUAGUUUAAGCAAUUUAAUAAGUGAAAUUACUGUAGAUUGAAGAUUUAUAUUUGAUUACGCAUAUUUGCCAAUGUGAAAAUACUUCCUGAAAGUGUGUGGAAAUUAGUCUUAACUAAACACUCUCGCACACACCUACUACUGUAAACUUGUAUAGUGUUUGUUUUCUGUUUGUGUGCUGUCAUGACCUGAUGCCUUAACUCAUUUCAAUUUGAAAUGAUCAUUUUACUUGUUUUAUUUAAAAGUAAACCUGAUUUUUCUCUUGCAUUUACUGUAAUGAAUUUUGAAUAAAAUAUUUCUAAGGAUAAAUGACAUUGCUGUGCCGU